CAGUACUUGCAGUCUCUUGCAGUAACGCGGAUCAGUCUGCGCGCACGUGUGGGCACCACGUGAUUCGUGAUAUGUCGCGACGUGCCAACGAACAAUCAAUUCAUUCACCCGCAAAGCAUCACUCUUCCUGCCCAGUGCGAGCCGAAAAUCAUAUUACAUACUAAUGGUCGUACCUAGUAUUGAUAGGCUGCAGCAAGCCACGACGGAGUUACUGGAAGAAGCUCGUGCCGAGGGGCAAUUGAGCAAGCUCACUGUACGCAUUGUUCGAGAGAGGCUGGAGACAAGGCUGGAGCUCUCACCUGGGUCUUUAGACGCAAAAGAGUACAAGACGUCUAUCAAGAAAACGGUCGUCGACUAUCUGGACAAUGUUCCAACGCCGCCGAAUGAGGCAGAUGAGGAAGAAACUCAGCCCAAACCCUCAAAGAUACGCAAGGUAAAAACUGAUAAAGAACUUGUCAAACCCCGCAAAGGUGCCUCGCCCAAGGCAUCGCCCGGAAAGAGCAAGAAGGGAAAGCAGGUGCCCAAGUCCUCUGCUGUAGUGGACUCUGAAGCGUCCGACACAUCUGAAGACGAAGUUCCAGCUAGGAAAAAACGGGUUAAGGCUUCAAAAAAUAAAGCUGCAUCAGAACUGCAGAGUGAGGACGAGGACGAAGCCAAGCCCUCCGCGUCUAAAGCGUCAAAAUCUAAGAAGUCGACCAGCGGGACCGCUGUAAAGGAACAUAAAUCAGCUUCUACUGUCGAGUCUUCUGGCGAUGAGGCCGAUUACAAGCGCCCGUCCGAACCUGUUGUGACGUCUCAAAAGAAAGAAAUGCUGUCACCUAAGAAAUCGCCUUCAAAGGAGAAGUCUCUAUCCAAACCCAAGUCAUCCACCAAGCGAAAUGCGAAACAUGAGGUGGACGACGAAUUCGAGCGUGGAGCAAGUUCUUCUACCUCAAAGCCUCAGGAAUCCAAGGUUCUGAAACAUGCUCGUCCCCGCAGUGAACCCGAGAACGACUCUGAUGUGUCUGCGGUUAUCGAUGAACCCCCGAAGAAAAGAAGGAAGAAACAGGACAAGGAUUCGAGCAAGAAAGCCCCGACAGAACGUAAGAAGGCGCGGAAAAGCAAUACAGGAGGGUCAUCUAAGGAUGAUGAGACUGUCUCCAAACUCAAGGCUAUAGUGGUUGCUUGUGGCGUACGCAAGAUGUGGAAAAAAGAAUUCGCUGAUUUGGACACGCCGUCAGGGCAAAUUAAACGACUGAAAGAAAUCCUCAAGGACUUGGGGAUGACUGGUCGUCUCACUCUGGAGAAAGCAAAGGCCAUCAAAGCACAGAGAGAAUUCGCACAGGAACUUAAGGAUGUGCAAGAUUUCGCAGAGGCGAACCGCCGGCGAGAGAUGGGGAACGAAAAGGGGGUAUCGGAGGAUGAACAAUCAGGAUCAGGAAGUGACGACGAGGACGAGGGUCCACCUGUCAAGAGGAAGAAAACUGCAGGCGCAAGCAUUCUGGCCUUUUUGGGCGACCAGAGUGACGAUGAAUAACUUGACGGUUUACUGCUCAUCUCCUUAAUGACUCUUCUUGAAUCCCAUGUAACUUCUUGUUUUGCGCACUACGUGCGCCCUGACCCUGACAUCGACAUCGCUGUUUGUACUUAUGAAGAUAUGCAGUCACUUGUGUUUAGAUUUCCCUCCAAACUGAACAAAUUCAGAAACGUAAU